AUGGAGAAGGAGAUGUUGUCAGCAACAAACACCAAGCAGAGCCUUGAAAUUGGUGACAUGAUGCCACUCAUCGAUAAGGCUGCAGAAAGAUCAUAUGAUGGGAUGGACAAAGAUUUGCAUUUCAAGGGCAAUGAGUAUUCGCUACUCAUCCUGCUAUUCUAUGUCCCUUUCGGUCUUUGUGACCUGCCUUUGAACCUGCUUACCAAGCGCUUCUCUGGACAGGUGAUGCUACCAACGCUCAUGCUUGGCUGGGGCGCGAUGUCACUACUACAGUGCGCUACCAAAAACUUUGGAGGAAUGCUCGCCGUAAGGCUCAUUCUCGGAACAUUUGAAGCCGGGUUCUUCGCUGGUGUUGUCUUCUACAUGACUCUCUUUUAUACAAGAGGUGAACUUGGCUUUCGGAUUGCUCUAUUCUUCGGCAGUGCACUUCUGGCGGCAGCAUUCAGUGGUCUGAUAUCAUACGCUGUUUUCCAAAUCAAGCAUGAUUCCGUGAAAGGUUGGAUGUGGCUCUUCAUCAUUGAAGGCGCUGCCACUGUGAUCGUGGCUGCGAUCGCUUUCUUCUGGCUUCCUGCUCGCCCAGACUCGGCUUGGUUUCUUAAUGAUUCUGAGAAGGCUGCAGCACGAGCGCGAUCUCUACGGGAUGCUUCUAAAACUGUCAACGCCGAAUUCGACCUCAAGGCUUGCUUUGCGACAUGGAAAGAUUGGAAAUUCGCACUCUGGGGAAUCAUUGCUUUCACCUAUCCGGUCGCAUUUGCCACAACAUCAAAUUUUCUGCCACAGAUUGUUCAACGACUUGGAUAUUCUGUUGUGAAAACAAAUUUGUGGACGGUCGCUCCUAAUAGUGUUGGCUUUGUGAUACUUUUAUGUGUCACGAAAUCUUCCGACUACUUCCGUGAGCGAACUUACCACAUCGUCUUUGCAUUGAGCGUAUCCCUUACUGGCAUGGUAAUUCUUGCAGCGAUUGAUCCACUGCACAGUAAAGGAAUUGCUUACUUCUCCUGUUUCCUCAUGGCGGGAGGAGCCUAUAUCCCAAGCUGUCUUGUACACUCCUGGCAUAACAACAACAAUAUGGAAGAGAAUUCACGGGCCGCAACAACAGGCUUACUGGUUGGACUUGGCAAUCUGGGAGGGAUUCUGUCGGCGGCAACUUUCAGGGUUGAAUAUGCACCCGGCUAUGUGCCAACUUUGAUCGCAACAAGUGCCUGCAAUGUCACAUGCAUCGCCUUCACUCUUUAUUUGGGUCUGUACAUGAAACGAGAGAAUGCUAGACGGAAUAAGGAACAAGGGGUUUCUAUUCGCGCCGAGGAUGUAAAUACCAGCGAACUUGAAGAUGGGCAACACUCGUAUAAUUGGAGAUAUUUCACCUAG